AUGACUGACAUCUCUGGAAGUGCUCCUGAAGGCCUGACACCACACUCACCAAAAACAAUAUAUUCCACGCUCGAACGAAGCACAUUGAGAUUUGUCAUCACUACAUCCACGACACUGUUGAGAAAGGCCAAACCAUUGUCCUAUACUGCCCCACUGAUGAAAUGCCGGCCAAUUUGAUGACGAAGGUGUUGCCCAGAGUGAAAUUAUCAAAGUUCACUGGGAUGCUGGGAGUGCGCUAGGCUCAAGGGGAGUGUUGUCGCAUGUCUGUCCCAGUUAAUAAGGUUUGAGCCU